CUGGCGGGGCGCUGGGGCGGCCCCGGCCGCGCAGCCCCGCGGCGGCCCGGCGCUCCCGGCCGAGCAUGGAGCAGUAGCGGCUCCGGCGCUCGCCGCUCCGUCCCGCCGGCCAUGGGUGCGGAGCGCAGGGGGGAGGCGGCGGCGCCCCGCGGUGCGUGCGCCUGCGGCGGCGGCGGCAGCUGGCGGCUGUUCCUCGGCUUCUUCGCGCUGUCGCUGGCGCUGCACGUCCUGACGCUGGGCUGUUACCUGGAGCUGCGCUCCGAGCUCCGCCGCGACCGCGGCCCGCAGCCCGCUGCCCCGCCGCGCCGGGACGGGACGGCGGCAGCGCCGGGCUCCCCGGGCGCCGGGCGGCCGCAGCGACCCGCCGAGGGAGCGGAGCGGCGCCAGCAGCUGGCCUUGCUGAACUUCUUUCACCCCGAAGAAAAGCUGCACGUCGGAGAAGAAGGCAGACGUGUCCGUCGAAAUAAAAGGAGUAAAGGCAGCGAAGGGCCAGACGGUCCAAGUUCAGUUAAAAACAAGAAAAAGGGUAAGAAGGCUGGUCCUCCAGGGCCCAAUGGUCCCCAAGGGCCACCAGGUCCUCCUGGGCCCCAGGGCCCCCCUGGCAUUCCCGGCAUCCCCGGGAUUCCCGGCACAACCGUGAUGGGACCACCCGGCCCCCCUGGCCCUCCAGGCCCUCAGGGACCUCCUGGACUGCAGGGUCCCUCAGGUGCCACGGACAAGGCCGGCUCCAGAGACGUGCAGCCAGCUGUGGUCCACCUCCAAGGCCAAGGCUCAGCCAUCCAAGUGAAAAAUGAUCUUUCAGGUGGAGUCCUCAAUGACUGGUCUCGCAUCACUAUGAACCCCAAGGUGUUUAAGCUGCAUGCCCGCAGUGGGGAGCUGGAGGUACUGGUGGACGGCACAUACUUCAUCUAUAGUCAGGUAGAAGUAUACUACAUAAACUUCACAGAUUUUGCCAGCUACGAGGUGGUGGUGGAUGAAAAGCCCUUUCUGCAAUGCACUCGGAGUAUCGAGACCGGCAAGACCAACUUCAACACCUGCUACACGGCCGGGGUCUGCCUCCUCAAAGCCAGGCAGAAGAUCGCCGUGAAGAUGGUCCAUGCUGACAUCUCCAUCAACAUGAGCAAGCACACAACCUUCUUUGGGGCCAUACGCCUAGGAGAUGCGCCAGCAUCCUAAGAUGAACUCGGGCACAUCCAAGGAGACUCGCAGAACUGCACCGUGCUGCUGUUCAUAAGCGUUAUCAGUAUUUCAGGGGGUUCUGUAAUCCGGCCAAAAAGAAAACUGAUCCAGAGCUAUUUAUUCCUAUAUGUGAAUGCAGGAAGCACAAUUGUCUUCUGUGACUUGCAUGGAGACUUGGAUCAAAAACCAAAAAAUAAGCGUUGUGAGGAAGAAAGGCUGUUGUGUCUGCCUUGUCUCAGUAUUUCAAGUAUUACUGCACUGAUGUUUGCUCUGUGAUCUUCACCGAGGCUUGUUGGGAGCGGUGUGGGUCUCUGCUUUCAUGUUGCACUAGCCAGAGCAUCCCAGGCGGUCGCGGGAGAAGCCAGACUCGUGUCCACCGUGUCCUACCCAGGCGCUCCUGCUUCUGCACGCUAACGAAAGGCAAGGAAAAGGGAAAAAGGGGGGGUCUGCUUUUCUGCCUUCCCAGUCCGAACUGGGGUGCGGAGGGAGGGGAAUAGGACGGGGCCGGGGGUGUUUACGUCCACCCUUGGGGCGCGGGUGGCGAAGCGCCCGGCCCGAGGGCGCGGGAUGGGGCUGCGAAGCCUCCGGCGCGAGGGGAAGGGGAAAUUUUCAGGCUUAGCAUGUGGGAAACUGCCCCCACGCCCCAGAAAUCGCAGCGUCCCAAAGCAAAUGCCGAUGACCGGUUGCAGAGCCGCCGCUGUUGUCAGCCCCCGCCGCUGCCCCGGGUGUGCCCUCCCCAGCGGGGCUGCCCUGGAGCACUGCUGCUGUUACCGCCGGGUUCGGGUUUGUUGUUUCGGUUCUUUUUUAUUUGUUGUCUUUUUAAUUAAUGUUUUGCAAACCAGAACACAUUUCUACAGGCUUUAGAGCAGACACGAGUACUUGUGGAAACACUCUGAAGAAGUUUGUCAUGUUUAAGAAUAAAAUUAUUCAAACAGGAUUUUUUUUUUUCUGUUUUAAUAGUAACUGUCCUGCUUUUAGAUGUGGUUUCUGUCCUUCCUCUCCCACCCCUUUCCUUUUGGCACCCUUCUACCUAAAACGCUCUAAUAAGUGGUGAUGGAGUCUUUAGCAGAAAAAACCCAAGUAUUUUAAAAGCCUGGUCCAGCAUGAAGUCACCACUUUUCUUUUCUCCGAGCCCUGCUGAGUCUGGUCAUAACCCGAUUGCUGGUGACUAAUGGAAGAGCUGGGACACUAUUGUUUCUUUUGGCUUCUUGAGCAACUCUCUCCCGUUACCUCCCUCCAGCUGGGGAGACCUAAAGCUAUAAGAUGUGCUGGAGCUGAGGAAGAGGCUGAAGCGAUAAUUGCUCUUUUGUGUCGUGCCCUGGGUUGCGCUUGGUCGCAUUGUCAUUUGUGUUCUUGUUUAAUCAGAUUUCUUUUCCGAGCGUUUUUUUUUCCCUUAAAAAGUAAAGAGGGUAGUGAAGUUCCAGCCCAUGUAGCAAACGGGACGAGUCUCAAACCGAUGUCUUGGUGACGAUGAGCUCCAUCUCCAAGCAGAGGUGGCGCAGGAUUGUCACCUGCGGGGAUGAGGGACAUGUCCCGGCCCCGUGCUGGAGCGACACAAGGGUCCGGCCUGGCUGCAGCGUUCUUGGCUCCAUCGCUUUUCCCCGGCCGUAGCGAGUGAUCUCGCUUGCCAAGUAUUGCUGUUAUUGAGAGAUAAGUAUUUCUUGGGGGCACCCAGCUUUGGCCACGGCCUCGCUAUUCACAGGAGGCGUGCAGUUUGUAAAAUAACUGCAUGAAAAAUUGCCUGCUAUUCCUCUUUUCAAUAUGUUCUCCUCCUUUCUAGCCUUAACAUGUUGGACUAGCAAGAGCCUUAGGGGCACUUACCCAGUCUUUGUGGUUUGUUUCCUUUAAAGUGGAUUAAGAAGGACAUGUUCCUCUGACAAGAAUGAGUUGGGACAACUGUGUAUAGUUGAGAACAUGAAACAAAUCAUUAACAGGAUUGCUUUAGAAUACAGCCUGAGCAGCAAGGCUUAGGGGCCGGCAUGAAUAAGGCGGUGAGUCGGGAGAGUGCGGUGGAUGGAGUUUGUGUCCUUGUCCCCCGCUGCCGGGACGUGGGACGUGGGACGUGCUCCCGGCUGCGGGCACGGGGAGGCAGGACCUCGUUUCUGUAGAAGCCCCACACGUCGCUGUCGAGUUCCCUCGCUGGACCUGCCCGGGACGCGGAGGAGAGCAGGAGGGGUCGGGUCCUGCCUGCCCCGUCACCGCGGUGCCGACGGGCUUGUUCCAGUGUUUGCGUUACACCAAAGCUGGGUGGAGCUGAGCUGGAGACGCGGAGUUGGAGAGCAGAGAAUACCUGAUGACAGCUAGUGGCCUUCAUACGAGAGCGUGUUUGUCCCUGGGGUGAGCAGAUCACUGGUCCUUUGGCAGCCAUGGAGUCUUUACACUUGAAACCCUUUGGCCUCUCUAGCGACAAAUUCUCCUUAGUGAAGUAUUCCAGCGCAGGUUACCAGGCUGUAGCGUAGCUGCUUCUAGAUGGUGCUUCUGCGGAGGGUGUCCCACCAUCCUUGGUGCCUCUUGCCCUUAACAGGAGCCGAAAAGGCCUGGAUGCGGCUCCGAGGGGGGGAGGGGGAUGCGUAUGGGAGGUUUUAACACAGCCCAGCAGGAACAGGGCCUUGCUCUGGUCUUCCCCUCCGAUGGCUUUGAAUGCUGAUGUAUCUCGGUUCCUGCUCUGGUUGGGAAGGUGCUUCAUUUCAGACAAAGGUCUGCGUAUCCGACACGGUGGACACAAAGCCGACUUUCCCGUGUGCCAGCCAUCCCCUCCGGCGGUGCUUUUGCCUCUGCUCCUACCUACGUGCCUUGGCUCUGCUGCCCAACUUCGGGCUGGGCUCCAGCUGCGCAAGUGUGGCGAGCAGCAACGCAUUGUCAAACCCUUCUCCCUCCUCAGCUCCUCUGUACAGAGACGGUUUCUAGGGAAGCCAGCUCAGCUGUGGUGUUCUGGGCCCUUGUUGAGGGAACAAUUCCCUUCAGUAAAGGCUUUAAGUCACGGCUUCCUACCCAAAACUACCUGGCUCACUCUUCCCUCCAGCGCCUUUGCCACCCAGGUCAGUAGUUGUGGUCUCCCUGCCACCCCCUGUCCCCAUCUGGGGACUUGGCAUCAUCCUUCCACUGACUUAGGCAAGGGCACCUGAGGAUGGAGAUGACCAAAGUGCAUUGGCUUGUUCGUGGUCCUUCCCCUCUUCCCGGUAAGAAGCAGAGCACAGGGUGUCCUUUCCCGUCCCUGCGGGCCGGUGGCACCUGCCCCGGCUCCUGUCCUCGCACAGGCUUUGGGGGACAGGGAAGGGACGACCACCCCCGGCCAUCCCUCCCAGGCUGGGGUGAAGCCUCUGGGUCCCCAACACAAGCAGAACGGGAGAGGAGCCGUGGGAAGAGACACGACUCCUCCUUUCCCUGUCAAAGCUGCACGGUGAUAAACUCAUGAUGCUGUUUUGUGCUUCGACAUCUUUAUUCCAGACACUAUCUGUAUAUAAAAUAUACAUAAUGUAUAUAAAUUAGGAUGUAAGUUUAUGUAAAUUGUCAAUAUUUUCUUUGCAAAUAAAGCUUUUUUUCCUGA